AUGAACGAACCCUACAGCCCUGCGACACCCCGACCCAUCAGCAGCACAUCUCCCAGCACCAUGAAAAUGUUCAUGGGCUUCCUCGCUGCAUUUAUUGUAGCACAGAUGAUUGGGACCGUACUCUUCUGUUUGUAUCUUCACAUGAAGAUGGAUAAGAUGGAAGAGGUGUUGAGCUUAAAUGAAGAUUAUAUCUUCCUGAGGAAAGUACAGAAAUGUCAGACAGCAGAAGGUCAGAAGUCAACAUUGUUGGACUGUGAAAAGAUUUUAAAGGGCUUCCAGGACCUCCAGUGCAAGGACGGGGGAGACAGUAAAGGGCAGCCCAAGUUUGAAAAGCAGAGAGGCCAUGAGCACCAUGAGCAUCCCCCUUUGAUGCACAAGAACGAGACGUCUGUGGCAGCUGAGAAGAGGCAGCCGAUCGCAGCCCACCUGGCAGGUCAGAAGAGCAACAAGGCAGUCUCAGUACUAGAGUGGAAGACAACGAUGUAUGGCCCCAUGAACAGUAACUCUAUAUCCUACCAAGAUGGGAAACUGAAGGUGAAGGAAGCAGGGCUCUACUACAUCUACUCCCAAGUCAGCUUCUGCACCAAGGCAGCGACUUCAGCACCAUUCACCCUCUAUAUUUAUUUGUAUCUCCCCAUGGAAGAGGACCGGCUCUUGCUGAAGGGACUAGACACACACAGCACCUCCACGUCUCUCUGCGACCUCCAGUCCAUCCGGGAAGGAGGCGUCUUCAAGCUCCGGGAAGGAGACAUGGUCUUUGUCAACGUGACAGACUCAACGCGAGUGAACUACAGCCAUGGCAGCACGUAUUUCGGCAUUUUUAAGCUGUAG